GACACUGAAUAACGUGAAACGUUGCAAUCAGGAUCGUGGUGGGUGCGAGCAUGUGUGCGAAGACACUCAAACGGGCGUGAAGUGCUCGUGUUUCGACGGAUUUCGUGUCAAAGGAUCUUCCUGCAUAGACAUAGAUGAAUGUGCCGAAGGUACAGCUGGUUGCGCGCAAAUUUGUCACAACAAUCCUGGCUCCUUCCAUUGUGAGUGCCGUUCUGGUUACCAACUGGGAAUCGAUGGUAAAUCAUGUCUGGACGUUAACGAGUGCCUGGUGAAUAACGGGCAUGGCCCAUGCCAAGGUACUUGCAUCAAUCUCGAAGGGAGCUACGAGUGUAGCUGCGCCGAUAUUCCUGGUCACAAAUUGGCUCCGGAUAAUCACACCUGCGAGGAUAUCGACGAAUGUUCGACGAACAACGGUGGAUGUUCUCAUGUUUGUUUGAACACACCUGGAAGCGCCUUUUGCCUCUGUCCAGAUGGCUUUUAUCUGACCAACGAUUGGAAGACUUGUCAAGAUGUGAAUGAAUGCGAAAACGCAUCCAAGGUUUGUGAGAAUAAUACUGAUUGUGAGAACACUAUCGGUUCGUUUAAAUGCGUCAACAAGCCGCAAAAGAUGACCAAGAUUCUUCAGGAUGAGGAUUACGACACGGAAAAUGACGACGACGAUGAUUACGACGAGGAAGAGAGUAUCACGGAAAUUCCAGAAUUCGGAAAAUGUGAGGAUGGUUUUCGAAAGAAUAACAACGGCGAAUGCAUUGACAUUGACGAGUGUGUGGAGGGUGACGGAGGCGAACCUCACGGUUGCCAAGAGGAGUGCGUAAACGAGCCUGGUGGUUAUUACUGUACUUGCCACUUGGGUUUCGAGCUUCAUGAAGACGGUGUGUCCUGCAUCGACAUCAACGAGUGCGAAGGAACAUCCACUCCAUGCUCCCAUUCUUGUAACAAUACCAUAGGUUCCUUUGAAUGCAUCUGUCCUACAGGAUUCACUCUGAAAGAAGACAAUCUUACCUGCGUUCGUGCAAAAACUUGUGAAAGUCUCACAACACCCUGCUCUCACGAGUGCCAGGAAUCAGAAGAGGGACCAAUUUGCGUCUGUUCUGGUGGAUAUCAGAUUCAUGAAGAUGGAGUGAGCUGCACAGACAUCGACGAGUGUACUCUAGACUUGUGUUCUCACUUCUGCGUGAAUUUAGAGGGUAAUUUCGAGUGUAUCUGUCCGGAAGGCCUUGAGACACUGGAACACGAUAAAUUUAAUUGCACCGACAUAGACGAGUGCACUAGAAGCAUGCAUAAUUGCGAACAUGAAUGUAUAAACAUUCAUGGCAGUUAUACUUGCAGCUGUCAACCUGGAUUCACAUUGAACGACGAUAAGAAGACCUGUUCAGAUGUGAAUGAAUGUUUAAACGAUGAACACAGGUGUGACCAAGUUUGUGUAAAUUCCUUUGGCAGCUAUAGUUGCUCGUGUCGUAAGGGAUACAAACUUUCUGAAGAUAAUUUCAAUUGUGAAGAUAUAAACGAGUGUGUUAAUGAGGAACACGGAUGUUCCCACGAGUGUGUCAAUGAAGAAGGAGGAUUUAAAUGCAGUUGUCCUUUCGGUUUCCUAUUGAGCAACGAUACUAAAACUUGUCAAGAUGUAAACGAGUGCUUAGAAGGCACCCAUCAAUGUUCCCACGAGUGUACCAAUGUACAAGGAUCGUACGAAUGUAGAUGUCCUCUUGGAAUGAUGGUAGCAGAUGAUAAAAGAUUGUGUAUUGCAACUGACGUGUGCAGGUUGGCUAAUUGUUCUCAUAUCUGUGAAAAGCAUCAAGAUACAUUCAAAUGUAGUUGCCCUGAGGGAUUCAUUAUGCAAGAUGACGGGAAGACGUGUAAUGAUAUCGACGAAUGUCUAGAAGAUGAACACGAUUGUUCUCAUGACUGCGUAAACGCAGUGGGAAGUUACAAAUGUGUUUGCCCUGAAGGCCUGGUGCUUCUACAAGAUGGUUUGACAUGCGAGGAUCCAUCUUGUCCCCGAGGAUUGCGUGAGAAUGAGAAAGGACAGUGUCAGGAUAUCGACGAGUGUUUGGAACAGAAUUACGAGUGUUCGCAUAUCUGUAUCAACGAACAUGGCUCCUAUCGUUGUUCCUGUCCUCCAGAAUUGAUGCUAUCCAAUGAUAACAUUACGUGUGUCCACAGCGAUCCUUGUUCUCACUUAUCCUGUUCUCAUCUUUGCAUACCGGAUGGUUCGUCCUACAGAUGUGACUGUCUUUUCGGAUACAGAAUAAGCAAAGACAAUAUAACUUGUGAAGACAUCGACGAGUGUCUAACUUUACAACACAACUGUUCCCACGAAUGCAUAAACACCAUCGGCGGAUUCGACUGCGCUUGUCCACCAGGAUGGAAGCUCGAUGAGGAUUUAAGAAGCUGCCGAACGUCCACCAAUCGGAAUUGCUCGCACACGUACGAGGAAGACGGCGAAGAGAAUCGUUGCGGUUGUCCCGAAGGAUUUGAGUUGCAGGAAGACGAGAGUACUUGCGGCGAUGUAGACGAGUGCGACGAGGGACUUCACUCUUGUAGUCACGGUUGCGUGAAUACCAAAGGAUCUUACUAUUGCGAGUGUCCUGCUGGUCUUCGAUUACAAGCAGAUAGAACAACCUGCCAAGACAUUGAUGAAUGUCUUGAAAAUAACGGAGAAUGUUCUCACGAUUGCAUAAACACCGAAGGCAGCUUCGACUGUACAUGUCCGGAGGGGUACGAGUUAACGGAUGGCCGCAAAAUCUGUUUGGACGUGGACGAAUGCAAGGAGGAUCUCCAUGAAUGUUCCCAUCGAUGCGAGAAUUUGGACGGUGGCUACGUUUGCUUGUGCCCAGAGGAUUUGCUCCUCGGGCAGGACAAUAAGACCUGCUCGAGUGAGGGCCCGUGCGAACGUGCACACAACUGCAGCCACUCAUGCGUGAACGUCCACAGUGGUUACAAAUGCGAGUGUCCCACCGGCUGGAAAUUAAGCUCGGACGGUUGGACGUGCGAGGAAAUUGAUUUUUGCGCCGGCCAACACGGCUGCUCCCACGAGUGUGUCACCAGCCCGGACGGUUUUCAGUGCCACUGCCCGACCGGUUAUAUUUUGUCCAAGGACAACAGGACCUGCCUGGACAAAAACGAAUGCGAGGAGGCGAACAACGAGGUAAACAACGGUUGCUCUCAUUCCUGCGUCAACACAGUCGGCAGCUUCGAGUGUGGCUGCCCGAACGGCUAUCGACUGACCGUCGAUCGAAGGACCUGCGAGGACGUGAACGAGUGCAUCGAGGACAACGGCGGCUGCUCUCAUCUCUGUGCAAAUAUCGAGGGUGGCGUCGAGUGUGCUUGUCCUGAUAAUUACAAAUUGCUCGAAGACGAUGGGAAAACAUGCGUCGAGAUCGACGAAUGCUUGAUCGAUAACGGUGGUUGCUCUCAUUUGUGCCAUUACGAAAAUGGCACUGUGUCCUGUUUCUGUCCGCCUGGAAUGCUCCUGGAGGAUGAUAACGCCACUUGUACGGAAGAGAACAAAUGUUACGUAGAUAACGGUGGAUGUUCACAUUUUUGCAACAAUGAGAAUGGACAGAUAUUCUGUUCCUGUCCAUCCGAGAUGGUCUUGUCAGAAAAUGGGACCAUUUGCGUGGAACAAAACAAAUGUUUGGUGGAAAACGGUGGCUGCUCCCACGAUUGCCAUUACGAGGAUGGAGAAACGUCUUGCCACUGUCCGGUUGACAUGAUCCUCUCGGACGAUAAACUUCUUUGCAUUUACACGAAUAAAUGUUUCGUCAACAAUGGCGGUUGCUCCGACAUCUGCGCCUAUUCCAACGGAUCUACCAGCUGCGAGUGUCCAUCCGGAUUCAAGCUAUCGGAAGAAGACAACGCCACUUGCAUCGAUAUCGACGAAUGUUUAGAAUUAUUCGACAACUGCACGCACAAGUGCUCGAAUACGGACGGAGGAUUCGAAUGUUCCUGCAACGAAGGAUUCAAAGUGAAUCCUAUCGAACCCGCCUUUUGCGAUGACGUGGACGAAUGCGAGGACUCGAAUGCAGGAUGCUCUCAUACCUGUCUAAACUUGGUAGGAUCGUUUCGUUGCACGUGUCCAUCAGGAUAUACCCUGGAGAACGAUAACAAAACAUGUAGGUUAAUCGAUGGUUGCAAACAGAACAAUGGAAACUGUUCCCAUCAUUGCCAUCACGAAGAAGGCAUCGAAAAGAUUCACUGUUCCUGUCCUCUGGGUUUCAGAUUGAAACAAGAUCAAAGAACUUGUGAAGAUAUCGACGAAUGUGAAGAGUUUGAGAAUGACGUAGAACUAGGUUGCUCUCAUAUCUGCGUGAACACCGAAGGAGGCUAUUACUGUGAAUGUCCUUCAGGAUAUAUUUUGUUACCAGAGGACAAGAAAAAUUGUAUCGACGUGAACGAAUGCCUGAACAGUCAGCACAAUUGUAGCCACGACUGUUUAAAUCUUUUAGGAAGCUACGUGUGUACCUGUUACGAAGGACACUAUUUGCACUCUGACAAAUCCACUUGCCUGGACAUCGAUGAAUGUCUCGAAAAAAAUGGUGGCUGCUCCCAUCAAUGUACCAACACUAUAGGUGGUCAUUUUUGUUCCUGUCCAACAGGCUACGAACUUUCUCAAGAUGAAAAGACCUGUGUAGACGUAGACGAAUGUGAAACUGACGUAGCUGACUGUUUCCACGAAUGCAUUAACACGUUAGGUUCAUGGAAAUGUGCUUGUCCCGAUGGUCACAUUCUGGCAAAUGACUCCAGAAGCUGCGUAGAUAUCGACGAAUGCAAGCUGAACAACGGAGGUUGUUCUCACGCGUGUUAUAACAUUAUCGGAGGUGUUAAAUGUAGUUGUCCCAUUGGGUUGCGUUUAGACGAAACUGGAAAGACGUGCAGCGACGUGGACGAGUGUUUGACAGAAAAUGGUGGCUGCUCGGACAUCUGUGUCAAUUUAGAAGGAAAUUUUUCCUGUCAAUGUUUGAGUGGUUUCCAUUUGCACACGGAUUCCAAAACUUGUUUGGACAUUAACGAAUGUGAAAUGGAAAAUGGAGGAUGUUCUGAUAAUUGUAUAAACGUGGAAGGCAGCUAUCGUUGCGAGUGUCCAAAUGGCUUUUUCUUGAAAGAUGAUUCAAGAUCCUGUUCUGAUACAAACGAGUGUGAAAAUAAUAAUGGUGGUUGUUCUCAUGAAUGUAUUAACGAACUUGGUUCUUAUCGAUGCGAUUGUCCAGUUGGUCACGAGUUGAAGAAUAAAUCAUGCCACCACAUAGAUCCUUGUGGCAAUAACAAUGGUGGCUGCGAGCAGAUUUGUAACGCGAAGAAUGGCACGGUUAUAUGCACGUGCAAGGAAGGUUUCCAGUAUGACGAGACCGAUCGUUCGAGGUGCAGAGAUAUCGAUGAAUGCGCUGGUCGGCAUGGGUGUGAUCAGUUGUGCGUGAAUACUAUUGGAUCGUUCGAAUGCACAUGUAAAGAUGGAUUCAAGAUGCAGAAUUCUACGUGUGUUGACAUCGACGAAUGUACAACAAUACCCUGCAAAGGAAAGGAGUGUAUCAACACUUAUGGCAGCUAUCGUUGCAACUGCGAGGCAGGCUAUCGAUUGGACGGCGACGAUUGUGUAGAUGUCGACGAGUGCGUCGAGAACGCGCCUUGCAAAGAGAACUGCAUCAACACGGUUGGCUCAUAUCGAUGCAGUUGCUCGCAGGGAUUUAGGCCACGCGUAGAUGAUUGCAUAGAUAUAAAUGAAUGUGAGUGGAACAACGGCAGAUGUGAACAAGAUUGCAUUAAUACAGUCGGCUCCUAUGUUUGUGCUUGUCGUCCUGGCUAUAUAUCCAGUCAGAGAAAUAGAAGCCAGUGCCAAGAUAUAAACGAGUGCUUGAACCGUAACGGGGGCUGCAGCGGCGAAUGUAUUAACACAGCCGGAAGUUACUACUGUACGUGCAGCGGCGACCUGGUGUUGGCUUCCGACGAGAGAACUUGCGUUUCAGCGGAAUUGAGAUGUCAUGCCAUGGAACCGCCUUUGCACGCCGAAAUCAGAUGCCCAGGUCAUUCUUCCGGGGCAGUGGAUUAUCCUGUUGGAGCCAGAUGUCAUAUACGAUGUGGAAGAGGUUUCAGGCUAGAAGGACCGCACACGAGGUACUGCAUGGCCGGAGAUCGAUGGAACGGGAAAGAGCCGACUUGUAUUCAAGAAUCGAUCGUGACCGAUUCCCGUUAUCAUUCAGACAUGCCACGACCGUUCGUCAGGUGUCCCCGAGACAUGGACGUCGAGCUACCCGCAAGGCAGAACACGAUACGCGUCUCAUUUCCUCAACCUAAGUCCAACAUGAACUGGUGGAGAUACGUGGACGCGUCGCCGUCGUGGGCAAAGCAAUUGGAGGCGGAUUUACCGGCAGGUACGACGAUCGUCACUUUCACGGCAUGGUCACCCGUGUCGAAUUAUACCAGCACGUGCAGGAUAGUGAUCCGUGUUCGAGACACGGAGAAUCCGAAAGUUUUGACGUGCCCGACGUCCUUUGAAGUGCGGCUAAGCCCCAGCGAGCGAAAUCGCUUAAUAUUCUGGCAGGAGCCAACGUUCACCGACAACGUCGCUGUCGAGCGGGUCUACAAAACGAGGGAACCCGGACAACUGAUGUACCCCGGCAUUCACAACGUGCGCUACAUCGCUUCCGAUGCAGCCGGAAAUCGAGCCGAAUGCCAUUUCUCGAUACACGUACGAGAAUCCGAGCAUCGUCGAGAUUCCGAGCCACGGUACUACAGAAGAAGGAUGCUGAUGUGUCCCGGAAGACCACCCCAGCCGAUACCAUCCACCGCUUAUGGGUGGCAGAUACCGAGCGGAUGCUAUCUGAGGUAUACAAGAAUCUUCUCCGGGGCGUACGCUGUUCAGAACUAUCGAGGACAGAGACAGGACGCUUAUCAGGAAGCGAGGGCGGCUUAUCACGAAGUUCAUCCCAUUCACGAGAACCAAGGUCAAGCCCAACUACCUGCCUCGUAUCCCCUCGGAGACUAUCGACACGCGAGACAAUAUCAGCUUCAGCAGUUGCGCGAGCAACAGCAGCGGCAUUCUUCCAGGACUGACCACGUAGUAUCUUCACCAACGACUCAUUAUGGCAGAGGCCGUGUCGAGACGAGAAUAUUGCCGCGGCAUAAAUGUUGCAUAUAAGAAGGUCGAUUGUUUGCCAACGAAACACGCAAUAACCGAAAGUAAUUUAACUGUUAAAGAACGGCCGGUCUGCGGCUCGCACAUAAAUUAUGUCAAGAGUUCCUCUCACCGAAGGAGUAAAGCAGGAAGGCAGAAAAGGUAGAGAAGGCUACUAGUUCGUUCCUCGCUUUAAUUAAGUCUAAUUUAAAGUCGGUUGAUUUCGCGAGGCGCACGACCGGUCCGCCACUUCCAUUCAGUGGAUCGACGGUGUUCCGAUGAGUAUUUCCUUUCCUCACCAAACGAAUCUUGAGUGAACGGUGAUCUUUGGCUUUUAACCCUUCGCACUGAUAGAUUGCGCUGUAGCAGGAAGUUAAAAGUGAACGUUUGCGCUUGAAACGGAUCAAAUUUAAGGAGAUUGAAGGAUUGAGUGGUAUUGAUUAGGUAAUAGUAUUCUUUUGUUCUUUCUCUUUAAUUUUCUUUCUUUGUAUUUUCCUGAAGUACGGUGGAAUUUUAUUUAACUGAAUCCAGGUACUUUGUAUCUUAGUAUCUUAAAUAUAAUAUUUAUGUUCUAUACCAUGGAUGUAACGUCUUCAUAUCAUGAUAUAUAAUAUCAGUUACCCUGAUGCUCUCUUGAUUUAUCAAUGAAAUGAAAGUAUUAUACUUAUAAUAUCUAUUUAAUGAAUUCUUACUUGUUUCUUGCAAAUUUGAUAUUCAGUAUUGUAGUUUGAACUAAUUUCGAGAAAAAUCGUCUAUUAGCUUUAGGUUACAAAGUCUCUUUGAAUAGACUUUUAUUCUCAUUUUAAACAACUGUGUUUUUAACUGAAGAUAUUUAAGAAAUUCUACGUUCAAAAAGAGAGAAAACGAACUUACUUUAAUUUCCAUUAUAUUUUUUUAAGGAAAUAUUCUUCACGAGCUACUUGCAAUUAGUCCUGUGCCGACUUAUACUGUUAACCUACUUCUCAGACAACUUCAAAUUUAAUUUGUACUGCAAAAAUGUUGUAGAAGAUGUUUUCGAACGACUAAAACCGGUUAUUCUUUCCCAAGUAUUUUCAACAAAAUUCUCAUUCUUCUGUUUUUUAAUUACGACAUAUAAUAUCCUACUCGUUUAUUUUUAAUGCCAUUGUUAUUUUAUUCCACUUCUCUUUCUUAAUCAGUUUAAUCUCACGAACUGAAGGGUUAAUCCGGAAAGAUCACGAAUCUCAAAGCAUCGAUGCAACAAUGCAUCGGUCUAGAUUCUACACUGUAUAUUCGUAAAUCUACACGCUGCACGUAGAUUUAUUACGACUACAUAAUUAUUUUGAAAGAACUACUGCCAUCCAGCACUGCCUUUUACAAAUUGUAAUUAAUAAUAAGUUCUUAAAGCCAGGAAAAAGAAAGAGAAUGAACUCAGUAGAGGAAUUUCAAAGGUGUUUCUUUUUCACUAUGUCUUUUUUUUUUUUUUUAAUC